AUGAUAAGGUAUUCCUUGGUUGCGGUUACCUUUGCAGGUUUACUGCUACGAGUGGUGGUAGCGAACUCGAAUGCAAAGUUGAACAGAGAUGGUGCGUUGGCGCUAUGUAAGCUGACGGAUCUUGCUAAAACUGUCGGAGAUAAAAAAGCAGAUAAGAUUGGACGGGAUACUGAAGGCUUUGCACAUGGAUUGAAGCUCUGGUUGGACAGCUUGGACAGUUGGUUACAGACGCUACAAGACCCUGCACACAGUAACGAUGGCUAUUCGAAGCUUUCGGAUGCUGAUACUAAAAAAGUGAAGGACAUAUACGAAAAGGCAAAGGAUAAAUUAAAGGAGAAGCUGCCAGAAGCUAAAAAAUGGGGCGAUGAAGCAAAAAAACACUGCCAGGCUGUGACCGAGGCAGCAAAGAGGGCGCGAGGAUGGGGACUUGAUGAUGAGGGUCAAAAUUCCAGUGGACUUCAUCUAGUUUUAGAGUGGUACUGCGGGAAGAGGGGAGAAAAUGCACAGAGCACUAGCUGUGAAGGUAUUACGUUCAAAACCCAUUAUUCAGGGACGGGAAGGAAUACCAUUGAUUGCGAAGCAACGGGCUAUACGGCUCUCUUUUACUUACAUGUAUCCGCAGGGACGAUGAAACAAGCCUUAGAGGAUUGGGAGAAGAAGAAACCGAAAAAAAUAAGUGCUGACUACGAGAAAUGGAAAAGCGACUACGACUCAGCUGUGAAAAAAAUGGAAGAACUAGAAGAGUCACACGAACAAGGUAAAAAGACUCAUGAUGAUGUAUCUGGCUUUUACAAUGCAGCGUACGCUGUCCAUAGUGGGCUGAGUGCAGGCAAGCCACUCAGCGAAGUUUUGGUCGAAGCCAAGGAAGCAAGCAGAAAGGGUGCAAAAUUCACUAACCCUGGAGGUGCCGCUCCCGAAACCACACAGCGAGGGAUUGGCACUUCAACUGGAGAGAGUGGGGCAACAGAAACAACAGGAGGAACAUCAACAACAAUAUCAACAGGAACAGGAACAGGAACAACAAGUGGAACCGAACCAGAGGUCGUUGGAGCUGAUGCGGACUUCGGUGACCUCCUGGAGACUAGUGAUAGAUCAGCACUGAGCAGUAAGAUCAAGGAAAGCAAGGUAAUACUUAUGGCCGUUCUCAUACCUGUCGCUAUCCUCGCGAUUAUUACAGCCGUGGUGCUUGUGUUUGUGAGACGAAGAAGAGGUAAUGCUGAAGAUGUAAUUGAUGAGAAAGGUGAGGCAGUUUCUUCACCUGACAAAAAGGGUGGGGCAACCUCUCCAUGUUACAGGAAGGAAUGA